AUGGAUAGACGACGCAACGGAGGAAGGAUGCUUGACGCAAGCGAACGAAGCGAUGCGACGGACAUGUUGGAGAUCUUGGCAGAUUUCAAUGCGGCGAGGAAUGGAUAUGCUGCGGGAGCCGCCAUCGAGGCCGAGACUGAGACUGAGGAAGGAGAAAAGGCAGCUACCGAGGAGAAAACAGCCGCUGGUAGUAGCAAGAAGGACCCCAAGGCUAGUAAGGAGAAGGCGAAAGCAUCCAAUGGCAGCAAGGACGCCAAGGUACCUAGUGAGAAGACGGCAAAGAGCGUCCAGGCUACCGGUACAGAAAAAGUCAAGGCGCAAGAUGUAAAGGAGAAGGUUACCCCGGUCGGCCUAAGUCGGGCUAUGGAUAUGGAAGAUAUGCUGCGAGCAAAGCAAGUCAUGUCCACUCAGGUUCCACGGGGGCAAGCAGAGAAGGCUACGCCGGUUGGCCUAAGUCGAGCCAUGGAUAUGGAAGAUAUGCUGCGAGCAAAGCAAGUGAUGUCCACUCAGGUUCCUCUGGUGCAAGAAGAGAAGGUUAUUUCGGUCGGACUAAGUCGGGCUAUGGAUGCGGAAGAUUUGCUACGAGCAAAGCAAGUGCUUUCCGCGCAAGGUCCUAAGGAGCAAGCUCUGGUCGUGACCGCGGGCACCCCUAUCAAGCAACGUACCGUCUCGGUUGCUGCUCCUUCUGGGGGUGAUGCUCCAAGCCCGCAAUGUGAGGUGGAUAUGGGCUUUAUUGGCGAAACGAUGAUUGUCUCCACCUUUCGCAACUCGAGUGCGACUCAGACAAGUCAGGUUGGAGCUGUUCACGUGACGCCCUCGGGAGGACCACCCCGUAAUGACAUUGAAAUUGGGAUGGACGGGGAACUCUCCAAUGACUCGAUGCACUCGAUGAUAUCGAGAGACUCCAUUGGGGGUAUCACCACCGCCACUGUUAGUUUGGAUGGCAUGCCUCUAGCACCCGAUGAUACCCUUGCAAAUGCCACAUUGGUCGAUGACGAGGAAGUCGUGGAGGCAAGGAAGGCCCCAGAAGGUUUCAAGGCGAUUGUCGCCAACAAGAGAUUUGGGUACCUCGUGGCUGGCAUGGUCAUCGUUUUGCUUGUUGUGAUUAUACCUGUGGCGGUAGUUGUUCCCAGGAACAAAGGCACAGCAACAGUCAUCACCGCCAAUGCAACUUUCUUUGAGUGCGGCACGGCUCUGAAAAAUCAAGCUGAUUACCGAGGAACUAUCAAUGUUACAUCAUCGGGAGUUCUCUGUCAAAGGUGGGAUUCACAGUUCCCAAAUAGCCAUGCUUUCCUGCCAGAGGAGUAUCCAGAAGCUGACCUCUCAGAAAACUAUUGUCGAAAUCCUGAUGGCGAGGCGCGCCCUUUUUGUAUUGCGGCUGUCCCUGGCCUUAGUCAAAAAGUUUUCUGCAGUGUGCCGUACUGCGAUGGCGAGAUCCGUGUGGACAACACGCUUUGUGGAACCCUAAAAGGAAGAGAACAAUCUGACUACAGAGGCACAAUCAACACAACCAUGACGGGGAAACCAUGUCAGCGCUGGGAUUCCCAGCUACCUCAUCACCACCCCUACAGCCCAGACAUGUAUCCGCUGGCUGGCCUUGAAUCCAACUACUGCAGGAACCCAGACUCAGAAAGUGCUGCUUGGUGUUACACAACUGAUAACAAGACCCGAUGGGAGUUUUGUGAUGUGCCUUUUUGUGAGGUCGUCUACUACAAUGGUACUGAGUCAGAUGCUGGGAGCGACGUACCAGUUGCAGAAGAGGAGAGUGGUGGCAACAACAAGGAGGUCUGUGGAUCACCUCUGAUAAACCAGGCUGACUAUCGUGGCAAUGUCAAUCAUACUGAGAGUGGCAGAACCUGUCAGCGUUGGGACUCACAGCUUCCCCAGAGACACUCCGUAACUCCAGAAAAUUAUCCAGAUCUUGGCUUGGAAGAGAAUUAUUGUCGUAAUCCUGACGGGGAGCCAAGGGCAUGGUGCUACACAACUGACGAAGAGAAAAGGUGGGAGUUCUGCGAUAUCCCUGAUUGUGACUCAGCAGACAAGAAACUUUGUGGAACCUAUGAUGGGAAGCAACAGGAUUACAUGGGCAUGAUCAACGUGACAAAGAGUGGUUUGGCAUGCCAGCGAUGGGAUACACAAGAACCUCACUAUCACUACGAGCACCCCGCAUUGAUGCCGAACAAGAACUUGAUUGGAAAUGCUUGCAGGAACCCGACUAGCGAUGAAAGGGCCUGGUGUUAUACGCAAGAUCCUAAUGUCAUCUGGGAGUACUGUGAUGUACCUUUCUGUAUGUCUGAAGAGGCAAGAGAAAGGAGCAUGGUCUGUGGAAGUCGGGAAGAACGCCAAGCAGACUAUCGUGGGACCGUAGCUGUCACAGAAAGUGGCCGGCGAUGCCAGCACUGGGGAACAGAUUUUCCUCACAAGAAUGCCCCUGACCCCGCAAAAGCAAAUAUGUUGCAGGAGAACUACUGUCGCAAUCCAGAUGGGUUGUCCCGAGCCUGGUGCUACACAACUGACCCGACUGUUCGGAACGAGUUUUGCAAUAUUCCUUAUUGCGAGGACAUGGAAGCGGAAGAGGAUGAAGGUCUUCUCGAGGUGAACCUCCUCGAAUGUGGAUCACAAGACCUCCAGCAAGCAGACUACCGAGGUUUUGUCAAUGAAACUGCAGGAGGAAUUGCCUGCCAAGCUUGGAGUGCUCAAACACCACAUGAACACGGCCUGGCACCAGAGGACCACCCGGAUUCUGGUUUGUCUGGCAACUUUUGUCGCAAUCCAGAUGGAGAGCCCAGGGCUUGGUGCUACACGGUUGACCCGGAAAAGAGGUGGGAUUUUUGCGAUAUUUCUUAUUGCGAGGACAUGGAACCGGAAGAAGAUGAUGAAGAAGAAGGUCUUCUCGAGCAGGUGCUCUGCGCAAAUUGCACAUCAUUCGAAUGUGGCUCACCAGACAUCCUGCAAGCAGACUACCGAGGUUUUGUCAAUGAAACUGUAGGAGGAAUUGCUUGCCAAGCGUGGAGUGCUCAAACGCCACAUGAACAUGGCCUGGCACCAGAGGACCACCCGGAUUCUGGUUUGUCUGGCAACUUUUGUCGCAAUCCAGAUGGAGAGCCCAGGGCUUGGUGUUACACGGUUGACCCGGAAAAGAGGUGGGAUUUUUGCAGUGUGCCGAUUUGCGCUUGA